AUGGCACCUCUCCUAUCCUCAUCCCGUCGCUCUCGCAAACCAGGCGAUACUGAAGCUACGCCUACAUCCGCAGCGGCAGCAGCAUCUUCAUCAACUCGCAAUCGACCACAAACCCCGGAAUACGAGCCCCUCGCCACUCCUUUAAACCCCAAAGCACAACGCGCUCUCGCAUCGUUAUAUUCGGCGACACAAUUCCGCCAAUUAAAAGAACAUAUCCGCCAAGCUGGGGAUAAGUUAACCGAAACCGCGGGGGAGGCGAAUGAGCGUGUGGCGGAUGCAAGGCAUCGGUUUGAGAAGAGUACUAGUCGGAAGAGGGCUGCUAGUGCGGCGGCCAAGAAGCUGAGGAAGCGAGAGAGGAAGAAUAAAACCGAUGGGGAUGCGAUAGGAGACGAUGAAAAAGACCAUGAUGAAGAUGAAGAUGAAGACGACGGAGAUGACGAUGAGGAGGAAGACGACGAAGACGAAGACGACGAAAAACGAAGAGCAGAAAUCCAAAAUCUAGAUAAUCUAGAAGCAAAAGUGAAACUGACCACGUCACAACUGGAGGAAAGAAUGCGACGUGUUGUGGAUGCAGAGUACAAAGUGGGUGGAUUGCAGGUUGCGAUUCAAGAGAUCGCGGCGGAUGCAGAGACGGCUGGUACAGCACUUAAUACGUCACGCAGGAGAGCGAGGUUGAGGGAGAGGGGCGCUGCUAUCGAUGCUGAUUGGGAUGAGGAUAUGGAUGAAGACGAGGACGAGGACGAAGAUGAUGCGGCGCCGACGGUUGUGCCUUCUCAGCUAAUUAAGGAGAGGCUUGCCGGGCAUGAGAGUCAAUGGGAGCAACAAUCCUUGACGCAAAGAUAUACUAAUAACAACAACUACGUCGGCUUCUACCGCAUCGUCCACGACGCCAAAUACCCAACCGGCGAAGUACCACCAGUUCCCCCUGCAUCAACAUGGUUCAACCAUCUCGAACCAAACCGCAGAGGCGCAAACUCGCGUCAGCAAUUUGCCGCUGCUGCCUCGAACAAUGACAUAGUUACAGAGGAUGAAGAGGACGCCGAUAUCGAAAUCGAGCGAGAACGCAUCUCGCUCAAAUGUCCCCUGACGCUAGUCGUAUUCGAAGAUCCCGUGAAAAGCACCAAGUGCAUACAUAGUUUUGAGCGCAAGGCUAUUGAGGAUAUGAUCAGAGCUAGUUCUAUGACUGUCCCUGCGGGCGAGAAUGACUUUCAGGGUGGGGGUGGCCGGAAUGCGCGUGCUCGUCGGGUUCGUGCUGUGCCUUGUCCUAUAUGCUCGGUGCCCAUGUCGUUAAAUGACUUGGAGCCGGAUCUGGUGCUCGUCAGGCGCGUAAGGCGGAUGCGUGCUGCUGAGCUUAGGGAGCAGGAAGAAGCUGAGCUUGGUGGGGUCCGUCGGGGGAGGAAUGGGAUUACGAUUGAUUCUGAUGAUGAAGAUGAAGAUGACGACGACAAUUAUUCCCAGGAAAAGCGGCAGCAGAGAGAGGAAGAGGUUAGGAUUAAGAGGGAGAAGUCGAGGUUAUCAUCUAGAGCGCCGACGGUUGUGAAUGAGUAUGCGGAUGAGGAUGAGGAUGAUGAGAUGGGGGAUAUCCAUAAGGACGACGACGAUGAUGAAGAUGCUGAUGUAGAUGAAGAGGAUGAAGAGGAUGAUUAG